ACCAGCCUCUAGGAAUUUCAGUCUCAACCCAAACGUCCACCGGAUCACAUAGAAAUUCCUUCCCUUCGGGUUUAAAAAAUAAAAAUAUAUUUAACCUUAAUUUUAAAUUCGAAAUUCAAAAAAUAAAAAGUCUUUCGGUUAGAAACCCAACCCUUCCCCUCCAAGUCCCCUAUUCUUCUUCCAAAUUCGAGAUGAACAUGAAUAUCCAAGAGACGAACGAGCGAAGGAUGAUGAUGAUGAUGAUGACGAAGCGGCAGCGGGAGGAGGAGGAGGAGGUGAAGCAGCUCCGGACACUGAUGUCCCUGCCGCCGGCCAACUGGGAGGCACUGCAGCAAGCCGUUCGGGUGAACGUGGCCAAGGCCAUGGAGGACUUUUAUCGGCGGCAUGCCCGCGGGAUUCGCAAGCUGGAGCUGAUGAUCGAGAGGGAGCUGUUGCCGAAGCUGAGGGGCAUACCGCCAGAUGGCAAGGCCAGCAAGGAGACCAGGAGAACGGUGCGUCUUGUGAAGCGACUGCUGUAUCGGGUGGAGCGCCUGCGUCCAGUGGUCAUGGUGCGGCUGCCCGUUCAGGACAAUAGCAGCUACAAGCAGCCGGUGAGGAUGAGCGGCUCGACUUCCGAUUUGAGAUACAAGAAUAGACGUCGGGCUGCCAGGAUGUCCUCCAGUAGUGGACAACCACGACGACCCGGCAAGCCGUGGUUCCCUCAGAAAUGCCACAACACCAUCGGACACACCCAGCUCCGGCCGAGCGAUCCGCGACAGCGACAGAAUCCGUGCGGCGGGAAUAUGACCUUCAUGGAGUCCUCCCCCGCAAUGCCCCUCAACCAAGGUCUGAAGAACUUCCCUCCUGGAGGGCGGUGGGCGGCUCCCAUGUUCUACGAUUGAUUCUGUCCA